AUGGCUGACACAAAAGAAGCCGCCUUUUUCCCUGAUGUUCGUUUCUCCAUUCCAGCUUCUGAACGCAUUCAAAUCUUCCGGAGCGAUUCGCCCGACGACAGCUUUCGGAUACUCGACCACAGCGGAGACCAUCUUCUGAUCGGAGCUAAGAAUGCCGUGUACAACGUUUCGACGUCGACGCUCCGAGAGCGCUCGAAGCUGCUGUGGAGCUCCACGGAAACCGAUAUGAGCCAGUGCACUCGAAAAGGGAGAACCGCCGUUGCGUGCAACAACUACAUCCGAGUCAUUGCUCUCAAGACCCACGAAACAGCCUUGAUUUGCGGUACGAAUGCCUUCAAACCACAAUGUAGGGAAUAUCGAUGGGACUCGGCAGGCGAUUUUCGUCUCCUCGAGGAAAAAACCGGCGAAGGUCGCUGUCCAUCCGAUCCGAACCACAACACGACAUUCACAUUCGCCGCACCAUUAGGAUAUCGAACAGAAAGGAAUCUUUACGUCGCGACGGCGGGUCAGUCCUCCGGAGCGGAUCCCAUGAUCUACAGAGAUCCGUUGCGCACUGAACAGAACGAUCUGAGAAUAUUGAAUGCUCCACAAUUCGUUUCGUCGAUGCAUAUCGGUUCGCAUGUCUAUUUUUUCUUCCGCGAAACAGCGAUCGAGUACCUCAAUUGUGGAAAAGCCAUUUACUCUCGAGUUGCACGCGUGUGCACGAACGACGAAGGCAUCUCUGACAGGAACAAAAAAUUCACCUCUUUCCUGAAAGCUCGACUCAACUGUUCGAUCCCCGGCGAUAUUCCGUUCUACUUCAACGAACUCCAAUCCACGAGUUCGAUCGUUGACGGCUCCUACAACGGAGACAGGGCCCGACUCAUCUACUCGGUUCUCAACACCGGGCUCAACUCGAUAUUCGGAUCGGCUGUUUGCGCGUUCCGAGUCGAAGACAUCAGCGAAGUAUUCAACGGGCCUUUCAAAGAGCAGGAGAACAAAAACUCCAACUGGCUGCCCGUCAUCAACUCAAGGGUACCUGAGCCGAGGCCGGGCCAAUGCGUAAACAACAGCAAAUCCCUUCCACAGGCUACUCUUACGUUCAUCAAAGAGCAUCCACUCAUGGACCUAGCAGUUCCUGCGUACUUCGGUCGUCCAAUAGUCGUCCACACGGGAUUCAAUUAUCGGUACACAUGCGUCGCCGUCGACGGCCAAGUGGAGGGCGUCAACGGAAAAAUGUACGAUGUGCUGUUUAUUGGCACCGACCACGGCCACGUGGUGAAAGUUGUCAACGUCGCCUCACUUCGUGCGGAGCACCAAGGACCGGCGGUGGUAGAAGAUGUGAAAGUUUUCGCUGCAACCAAGGACGUUCCUACCGCAGUUCCUGUUAGGAACAUUAUUGUGCAGCGUUCGGCGUACGAAGACAAAAUAAUCGUCGCGAGUCAAUCAGAAAUCCGGGCCGUGCCUUUGUUCCACUGCGAUCUGGCGAAAACAUGCGUCGACUGCGUUCGAUUGCGGGAUCCCUACUGCGCGUGGUCUCUCAACGAGCGUCGCUGCACGGAGAAAUGGCGCCGAGAUCCGAAGUCGAUGGUUCAAAACAUCGAGGAAGGCUUCCACGAAAAAUGCGGGGUCAGCGGUAAGUUGAAUCGAGAUGAUAGAAGCGACACCUAUUUCUCGACGUCGCACUUAUACACCCCGGAGACGUUGGCCAUUGCCGUCACGACCUCUAUCGUGACCUCUCUAGUCGUAGGUUUUAUGAGUGGGUAUAUUUUCGCCAAAAGAUACAGGAGUGAAAUCGAAUGUGAUACUGGACCGAUCGACGACUACAGGAGAUAUGUUGACGUCAGCAGAAUGACCUCCGAUAUCGCGGGGGAUUACAGCACGCCGACUACCUACAAGUCCAAUUACGCCCUGCCGCCUAACGUGGGAACACGGCCGAUGAAUUUGGUACUGAACAAGAGCGGCGAACCCACACAUAAUCUCUCUCAUCCGAGUUCCAUACAGUUGAGCAACAUGUCCUCGCUACAAGAAUCGAAAUCCACUAUGCAGAAGGUAAAGAAGAUUUAUCUAUAGCCCAGAAUGCAACCGGCGCUGCCAAUGUCAUCGAUCUACGUGGAUCCGGACAUCGUGAACGGGUUCGGUUGAGUUUCCCGGGAUCAGAUAGCGGAGAGUCUACCGACGGAAGAGUUCCCUGGAAGUGAAGACGCGAUUCCUCGUCGACGCCGAUUCUGCGAUUCUAGCCGCGGGCUUGAGAUAUUGUAGCUUCUUUACUUUCUCCAGAUGGAAGAACGACGCCCAACGAAUGGAGAGAGGCUGUGAGCGUGCCAAAGCGGCCAAUUUAAUGAAAAUCCAAACAGCUCCGUCGUGUACUGAGAUGGAAGCGUGGGAAUUUCUAUGGUAGUCUUAUCUGUGGAUUUCGGUUCAGAGUGCAGACCACUUGAGCUUCAAUCCAUUGCUUCGAACGAUCCCCUGGUCUGGUAGGUUCCAACGAGAAGAGGGCUAGGACCAGUCUGGAUCGCUCAUCGCGAGAACCAAAAACAGUGUAAAUAUCGUAACGACGUAAGACAAGAACUAACAAAGCGAGUCAACACCGUUGUAUUAGCGGGUCGCGUGGUGAAAACUCGCGAGCAGCCCGGCGCGGCGUCGGAAUCUUGGGUGCUUCUACGCGCACGCAAAGAGUGGUUUCGUUGUGAGAACACUGCUGGUAUAGUUUUGGGAUUCGUGUCCAAAGAAGCUAGAUUUGUUUUCUUCAGAGGUUCGAACGCCUCUGCGACUAGUCGCCCCCGAGAGGAGGAAUAGAGGGGAGAGGGAAGUUUUUGAUUUUUUCUGUUCAAUUUUAUUGUACGUGUGUACACUGAUGUUUUCGGGAGAACGGAACACUACAUUUGUUCUACAUUACGGUUUCGUUCAUUGUUCGGUUCCCCGACCCUAUUUCAUUCUCUCAUAUUCCCACGCAGAGGAGUCGAGGAAUAUUAUCGUGGUUGUACAUUAUUCCGAAGUAAGCUUAGUUCGUUCAUCGAAAGCGGGUACCCUCUUCAGAAACUACGAGAACAAAGAUAAUUAUAUCUAUUUCGAUAAUAUCGUCGUGUACAUAGAGGACCUCGACACGUCGUGUCAUCACAUCCGACAACACUGGUCGGUUGAGGAUGAUCGGGUAAUGAAUUUACCGCUGAAAAUUAGUAUGAGAAGAUCUCACGUUUUUAUUGUAUAGAUCGACUAGACUUUUGUCGUCAACGCAAUAGAUAAACGAAAAACGGGCACUGUACAGAGUAAAUCUGAGGAAUCUAUACAAUAAAAGGAAGAAACAUAUAAGGC